AUGUACAUGAACUCGAACAUUCAGAGCACCACUGCCACUUUCUCCAUGUCUGGUCCUGUACUCCUCGAGAUUAUGUACAAUUUCAUUUCAUAUCGGAUUGCGCGGCGGAACUAUGAGUGCGCCGUUUCCCGUCUUCCGUCUUCCGUCUCCCUCUCCUCAAUCACUUCCCCAAACCCUACCUCCCCCACCCCUUCGCCCCCCCCCCUCUUCAACCCCCAGUUCUCACGCCUCAAUCCGAAUGCCAUUCACUAG